GCCAGCGGGGAGGCGGGGUUAGCGGGGAGGCGGGGCCGCGCGCGCCGCCGAGUUAUAAAGGCGGGCGCCGGCUUCGGUGCGCGCCGCCGCCGCUGACCUUCGCUUCUCCUCCGGUACCGGCCCCGCUCGUUCCCUCCGUCCCUCCCGCCAUGGCGCCCAGGAAGUUCUUCGUGGGGGGCAACUGGAAGAUGAACGGCGACAAGAAGAGCCUGGGCGAGCUCAUCCACACGCUGAACGGCGCCAAGCUCUCCGCCGACACCGAGGUGGUUUGUGGAGCCCCUUCCAUCUACCUUGACUUUGCUCGUCAGAAGCUUGAUGCAAAGAUUGCAGUUGCAGCACAGAACUGUUAUAAGGUACCAAAGGGUGCUUUCACAGGAGAGAUCAGCCCAGCAAUGAUCAAAGAUAUUGGAGCUGCAUGGGUGAUCCUGGGCCACUCAGAGCGAAGGCAUGUUUUUGGAGAGUCUGAUGAGUUGAUUGGGCAGAAGGUGGCUCAUGCUCUGGCUGAGGGCCUUGGAGUCAUUGCCUGCAUUGGAGAGAAGCUGGAUGAGAGAGAAGCUGGCAUAACAGAGAAGGUGGUUUUUGAACAGACCAAGGCUAUUGCUGAUAAUGUGAAGGACUGGAAUAAAGUGGUUCUUGCCUAUGAGCCAGUUUGGGCUAUUGGAACUGGUAAAACUGCAACUCCCCAACAGGCUCAGGAAGUUCACGAGAAGCUGCGUGGGUGGCUGAAAAGCCACGUGUCUGAUGCUGUUGCUCAGUCAACUAGGAUUAUCUAUGGCGGUUCAGUCACUGGUAGCAACUGUAAGGAGCUGGCCUCUCAGCAUGAUGUGGAUGGCUUCCUUGUUGGUGGAGCUUCUCUCAAGCCAGAGUUUGUGGAUAUUAUCAAUGCCAAACACUGAAGCACCUGUGAGGAGCAGUCCCUUGUGGUUAAGAAAUGGAAACAAGAAGGGACCUUUCAUUGCACACGUCUCAGUACAGAGGCCUCCUCCAAGGCUUUCCCCCUCCACGGUCGUUGUUCUAGUUGUUCUGCUAACCACCCCCACCAUGUUGGAGUCCUGUUAGUGGGAGCCUGUUUCAGCAAAGUCUUGACAGCCUCCUCUCUGAAUUGGCAGAAUCCUUGGUUGCCUUUUGACCUGUUAAGAGCCCACAGCCCACCUGGCCAGUAUCUCCCCCUUUCCCUGCAGUACUGCAGUGGGAGGGGACCACUGGGGGAAGGAACCACACAGUCUGCAUCCUUCAGCUCCAUCAGCAAGGAGCCUGUCAGCUUCAACCUUUGUGAGAUGUCUUACCUCACCUGUGUCCCAUACUGAACAAUAAAGGAAAAACUGAAAAAGCAA